AUGGGACUUAUUAGGGACAUUUGCAUAUUUUGUAGUAUUGUUAUGUCAGUAGAGGGCUGGGCUUCGAAAAUGCCAGAGGAAAAGGAAUUGACUACCAACUGCUCCAGCAUGUCUCUAAGAAAGGUUCCUGCAGACUUGACCCCAACAACAACCAUCCUGGAUUUAUCCUACAACCUCCUUUUUCAACUCCAGAGUUCAGAUUUUCAUUCUGUCUCCAAACUGAAAGUUCUGAUUCUAUGCCGUAACAGAAUCCAAGAGCUGGAUAUGAAAAUCUUUGAAUUCAACAAGGAGUUGAGAUAUUUAGAUUUGUCUUACAACAGACUGAAGAUUGUAACUUGGUAUUCACUGGCAGGUCUCAGACAUUUAGAUCUUUCUUUUAAUGACUUUGACACCAUUCCUAUCUGUGAGGAAACUGGCAACAUGUCACACCUGGAAAUCCUAGGUUUGAGUGGAGCAAAAAUACAAAAAUCAGAUUUCCAGAAAAUUGCUCAUUUGCACCUAAAUACCGUCCUCUUAGGAUUGAGGACUCUUUCUCAUUAUGAAGAAGGUAGCCUUCCCAUCUUAAACACAACAAAACUUCACAUUAUUUUACCAAUGAACGUAAAUUUCUGGGUUCUUUUGCGUGAUGGAAUUAAAACUUCAAAAAUAUUAGAAAUGACAAAUAUAGAUGGCAAAAGCCAAUUUGUAAGUUAUGAAACUCAACAAAAUCUUAUUUUAGAGAAUGCCAAGACAUCUGUUCUGUUACUUAAUAAAGUUGAUUUACUCUGGGAUGACCUUCUGCUUAUCUUCCAAUUUGUUUGGCAUACAUCAGUGGAAUACUUCCAGAUCCAAAAUUUGAUUUUUGGAGGUAAAGUUUAUCUUGAUCACAGUUCAUUUGAUUACUCAAAUACUGUAAUGAAAACUAUAAAAUUGGAGCACAUACAUUUCAGAAUUUUUUAUAUUCCACAGGAUAAAAUCUAUUUGCUAUUUACCAAAAUGGAUAUAGAAAACCUGACAAUAUCAGAUGCACAAAUGCCACACAUACUUUUUCCUAAUUAUCCUACAAGAGUCCAAUAUUUAAAUUUUGCCAAUAAUAUCUUAACAGAUGACCUGUUUAAAAGGCCCAUCCAAUUGCCUCAUUUGAAAACUCUUAUUUUGAAGGGCAAUAAACUGGAGACACUUUCCUUAGUGAGUGGCUUUGCUAACAAUACACUUCUGAAACACUUGGAUCUGAGCCAAAAUCUAUUACAACAUGAAAAUGAUGAAAAUUGCUCAUGGCCGGAAACCUUGAUCACCAUGAACCUGUCAUCCAAUCAGUUUGCUGAUUCUGUUUUCUGGUGCUUGCCCAGAAGUAUUCAAAUACUUGAUUUGAAUAAUAACAGAAUUCAAACUGUUCCUGAAGAUAUUAUUCAUCUGAAGUCUUUACAAGAACUAAAUAUUGCAUUUAAUUUUCUAACUGAUCUUCCUGGGUGCAGUCAUUUCAGAAAACUCUCAGUUCUGAACAUUGAAAUGAACUUAAUUCUCAGCCCAUCUCUAGAUUUUUUUCACAGCUGCCAGGAAGUUAAGACUCUAAACGCAGGAGGAAAUCCAUUCCGGUGUACUUGUGAAUUAAGAGAUUUUAUUCAGCUUGAAAAAUAUUCAGAGGGCAUGAUGUUUGGAUGGUCAGAUUCAUAUAUCUGUGAAUACCCUUUAAAUCUAAGGGGGACUCAGUUAAAGGAUGUUCAUCUUCCUGAAUUAUAUUGCAACACAGCUCUGUUGAUUGUCACCAUUGUGGUUAUUAUGCUAGUUCUGGGGAUGGCUGUGGCCUUCUGCUGCCACCACUUCGAUCUGCCCUGGUAUCUCAGGAUGCUGGGUCAGUGGACACAAACAUGGCACUGGGUUACUAAGACAACUCAAGAACAACUCAAGAGAAAUGUCCAAUUCCAUGCAUUUAUCUCAUACAAUGAACAUGAUUCUCCCUGGGUGAAGAAUGAAUUGAUCCCCAGUCUAGAGAAAGAUGAUGGUUCUGUUUUGAUUUGCCUUCAUGAGAGAAACUUUGAUCCUGGCAAGAGCAUUACUGAAAAUAUCAUAAACUGCAUUGAGAAGAGUUACAAGUCCAUCUUCGUUUUAUCUCCCAACUUUGUCCAGAAUGAGUGGUGCCAUUAUGAACUCUACUUUGCCCACCACAAUCCCUUUUAUGAAAAUUCUGAUCAUAUAAUUCUUAUCUUACUGGAACCCAUUCCAUUCUACUGCAUUCCUAGCAAGUAUCACAAGCUGAAAGCUCUCAUGGAAAAGAAAGCAUGCUUGGAAUGGCCCAAGGAUAGGCGUAAAUGUGGGCUUUUUUGGGCAAAACUUCGAGCUGCUAUUAAUGUUAAUUUAUCAGACACCAGAGAAAUGUGUGAACUACAGACAUUUACAGAGCUGAAUGAAGAGUCCCGAGGCUCAGCAAUCUCUCUGAUUAGAUCAGACUGCCUAUAA